GUCAGAGGUAAACACUUGUCUCCUUGGCUGGACAAGUUAUUGCCUUUUGAUGCUAAUCGUUUGCUGAGAGAUUUAGAUCAAAAUCUUUAUGGGCAGCACAUCGCGUCAGAUGUUGUACUGAAGCUGUAUCAUCAUUUAUGUGGGACAGUAAGCAGACCAAACAGCUUGCGCUCUCUUUCCACGGGACAACAGGAGUGGGAAAAAAACAUGUGGCAAAAAUCAUCGCUAGAAACAUUUAUCAAUUAGGAGAACAGAGCAGCUAUUAUAUCACUUUUAUUUCAGGGCAUCAUUUUCCACUUAAAGACCAAGUGGACAUGUACAGUGAACAACUAAAGCAGCAGAUCGGAUAUCGCAUAUUAAGAUUUCCUCUGACCAUGUUUGUAUUUGAUGAAAUGGACAUGAUGAAUCCACAGCUGGUCGAAGCAAUAAAACCUUUUCUGAACUUCAUACCUUAUAAAAAAACAAAGCGUCAAAACAAAGCAAUCUUCAUUUUUCUCAGCAAUGCAGGAGGGAAUGUGAUCGCCAACACUACUGUGGACUUCUGGAGUGCAGGGGAAAACAGAGAAGAAAUAUGGAUGAACAGCAAAGGAAUGCACGCUCAGAUCCUUCAAAGCAUAUUAAAUUAUGAGAGCAGUGGAUUUUGGCAGCUGGUUGAUCACUUUGUUCCUUUCCUUCCUCUCGAACGAACGCAUAUACGGCAAUGUGUUCUAGCUGAAAUGGCCAGUCUGGAGAUCAGUGUACAUCAUCACCCUGAUCUGGCAGACAAAGUUGUCCGAGAGAUGUCCUUCUUCCCCCCAGAGGAGAAAGUCUUCUCUGUUAAAGGCUGCAAGUCGGUCAGACAGGAGCUGAUGCUGAUCAUCCGUUGACUAGAUGAAAGAGAAAGCGACAGCUGAAUAAAAUAUGAUUUUAUUCCUUAGACUGUCAUUG